GGAUGGGGUUCCCUGACUGGGUGCUGGUCCUGCUGGUGCACUUCUGGGCCCUGCAAGGAGCCAGGAACCUGAGUGUGCAGCAGUGGCCCACGACCGUAAGGGCAAAGCAGGGCACUCAGGUGACCCUGGCUUGCCACAUGACCCAGGCCCAGGCCUGGGAGCGGCUCCGUGUGGAGUGGAUGAAGGACAGUGACAUCUUGUGCCAGCUGUUUGGUAUCAAUGGCAGCCUCAGCUCAGGGGCUUGUGGGGCCCAGGGAAGGCUGUCCUGGCAGGCACCUGGGAGGCUCACCCUGCAACUGGACCAUGUGCGUGCCAACGACAGUGGCAACUAUGUGUGCUGGGUAACCGUGGAGAUUCCUGAGUUGGACAAGGCCAAGGGCAAUGGGACCCAGUUGCUGGUAGAAGCAGAUGGCCCCCAGCUGAACACAGCCUCCAGCUUCUCAGGGCUCUUCUUGGCGCUGCUGGUGGCGGGGACCCUGGCCGUGGCUGCGGUCGCGCUGGGCGCUGGGGUCUGGGCCCGGCGCCGCUGCGGGCAGGAGGACUCAGGUGAACCCCCAGGAAACCCAUUGUACUGCAAUGUCCUAUACCGGCCCCGGGGAACCCCGAAGAGGAGUGAGGCAUGGUCUGGAGAGGGGAAGUCGCUGAACAGCCCAAAGGAGAACCAGAGAGACCAGAGUGUCUAUUCAACCUCUUUCCCCCAGCCUGUCCCCUGCCAGCCACGGCUGGUCCCCAAAGCCAGCCCCAGGCCUGGCCACCCCAUCCCUACUGUCAGAAUCUCUCCUGGCCCAGGCUCGUCUGGGUAGCCCAGGGCCAAGAGGAUUCCCCAAAGUCAGAAGAGUCGGAGACCCUAGGAGACCUAAAGUGGACUCCUGGGAAUAGCUACACAAGGGAGAAGGGGCAUCUAACAGCCACAGCCUGGGGCCUUUGAGGAGGAAACUCCCCUUCGGUCCUCA